CUGAUCCUUGCCCAUUUCGCCCACAGUGACAUCUCGAAGGCGGGAUAUAGAGGAAGUAAAUACCGGCAGAUAUUCAGACCCCGAAGUAAAGGCGAUUUGGCAUCUCCAGUGAGAGGGUAAGGAAUCGGCCACAUUUGGUGACCUCGACGGCCGUUAUACCUACCAGAAGUUACUCGGAGGAAAAGGUUCGCGCAGGUCAAGCCCACGCCGGUGUCAACACUGGGCCUUACACUCGGGGCGGUGUACAACAGAGUACCUUGUACCUAGGUUGGUGCUGAGCUUAUUGCUGGUGUUUAGGAUCAAGAUUAUCAAACAGGCCGUGCUGGCAGGCUGCAAAUUGGCUUCACCGCUGAUGGGGUGAAUUUGCAAAAGUCUGAAGGAAGCCAUGGACUGGUCUCAAUAAGAUGCAUUUCAUCCUUCGUCCUGAGCGACUCUCAGAGAACCCGAAGGAACAACAUUGUAACGAUAGAAGCAUUUGCCGCCCACUCCCAGGACAUGUACAAGAGCAGAAACGCAAUUACAAAGACAAAUGUGCCUCCCUCGAACUUUUUUUUUUCUCUCGUCGAAUCCAGUAAACCUCCUGCCGGCCGUUUCAUUCAUUACCUCCCAGACCAACCCCUUCCUCAUUGUUCCCAGUUGACCAGUUUGUACACCACUGCGUUUCUGCAUCGACCCCCUUUGGUCUCUGCAAAGUCAAACGUCCCAAUUCAGAAGCAAGCAAUAUCUGUGAGACCUCCCCAAAGCCGCCGUUAUCGAGUCUCUGUUCCUCGUCCUCCUCUCUCCCGCCAGGCCAGGCUGAACUCAGACCUGCGAUUGACCUGUGACGCCUACAGGCCGAGACUCUUGGAGAUGGUUAAUUCUCCCACAUGGAUCCGCACAAACUUUCGCAAAGAGUUGGACACCUGCAAUACUUGUUCAUGAACAAAAACUUGGAUCUUGACACGAAACCCACACCUUGAAAGACGGAUUCGGGCGUUGCCAGUUGAAAAAGAGAUAUUAGGUCCUGGCUUGUGCAAAUUUAAGCAAGACGAUAACGUUGCUGCUCACAUCCCACCAGAAAAUACUCCACGAUUGGGCUGAGGCCACCCAGACGCGACAGCGAUCAUCAUGUUCUUCCCAAGACAUCCGGGGCUGUUGAUCGUAAUACAUACUUCCACCCUUGUGUUGAACAAGCCCCGCGGGAUUUUCUUGCCGUUCACUGCAUUGUGGGCUUGGUUGGGACUCCUGCGCGGUCUGAUCCAUCAGAGGUGAAAGAGCCAGAAUCUGACGGAUGCCGCGGUGCCAUCAUCUUGGGACAAGGUUUACUGUUGUUGCCCCCAGGGGGCGGAAGAGCUCCUGAUCCACCCUAUGGGUUAUGAGCUUGUCCUGCCCACUGAGGAUACUGAGGCUGAGGGAUAGCUUGACUGGCUGUGUCGGGAUAGUAUGGCGUGCGUGGACUUUGGUACAUUGGAGCUGGCUGCGGUGCCGUUUCCCUACGGUCAUCAUACUUCACUUGUGUGGGAGAGGGUUGACUCUGCCGGUUCUGGUCCAUCUGAGCACCAUUGCUAUGGGUCACUCCAUAUGGACUUGGCCGGUAUGGCACAGGUGCUCGAGAAUCCAUCGACACCGGGCUCAAAGGGUUGACUGGUCGCUGCAUAUUCAUGGGCGGGUACAUGGCCGUUUGCGCUUGGGAGCGGUCCGACAUGAUUGGAGCCAUCGUGGUCGGCGUGGCAGGGAUUGAUUUGGACGGCGGAGGAAUUGAGCUGUUCAAGGACUCGUAGCUUCGAUUGUACCCCGAUUGGUCGUAGUGACCAUAGUCAUUUCGUUGUCCAUGCAUAUGUGAUGCUGUUACCGGGGAUUGUAUGUAACCCGUGGACAUGGAAGGAACAGCCAUGGAAUAUUGGGGGGGAUUGGGCUGCUGAGCCAUGGGAGGAUACCCUGGAGGCAGGUAAUACGGCUGGGGAUAGCCGCCUGCGUUCACACGGUAUGCGUACGAGUUAUGAGCGCCGUCCACCUCGUCAACAUCCUCGAUGGGCGCCCGAAAGCUUUGUCUCGAGGUCAGUUCCGACCGUGGACGGAUGUAUUGAAGGUUGUCCGUCUGGGAAGGUGUGCGCAGCUGGUUGGUGAGGACGUCAUUUACAUGGUAGUAGGAGACCAGGUGAUGUGUGACGCCUUGGACUGUGACGCUCAUCGUCUUCUUGACCAAUCCGUCCUGCUUGAAGCCGUAGGAGUCUACCAGUGAGCCUAUCAGCUGCCUCUCGACGUCAGCAGAGGCGCUGCGAUCGGAGUUGUAGCUGCCAGAUUGUCCAUCCGAGAAUGAGCCACCCUCGGAUCUGGCAUAGGGCUCGCCCGGUCGGCUUGGACGCCUCUGUUGCUUUUUCAUGGCUCUCUUCUUCUCUCCUGGUGGAAAUGGUUUGUCAAGUUCUCGAUAGACAAGGAAAUUGCCCAGGAUCCUGCUGGGACUCCAAG